AUUUUUGAGAUACUAAUUCGUCGAGAUAUACAAUCUUCAGCCAAAUUCAUAGCGAUGUAAAACACAUAUACAUGUCAACACAAUGUAAUAUAUUUUAUGUGACAUUUGUUCAAUGGCCAUUAAGCCACUGCCAACCAGUCAACCAUGAUGUUAGUUUAACCAAAAUUAAUAUCUUAUAAAUUAACAGAAAUACCUGGCAUAACGUAACGGUGAAAUAUGUCGAGCCUUGAAGACGCCUUCGCAAAAUAUCCGCCUAGUAUUCCUUCGCGUUGUUCUCCAAACUUAUCUUGCAUUGAUUAUACACAUCCGAAAUAUGUAUUUGACACAUCAUUGCGGCUCUAUCAAUCUCCCGUUCAAUUUCAGCUUACGUAUACUUGUGACAGGUAUGUUGUUUAAAAUAUUCUUGUGCACUUUAUAUAAAAUAUAGGUAAUAUAGAUAAUAUAGAUUGACUAAUAGUCGAAUUAAAUUUUCAAUGAUUUGACUCUUUGCAUAUUUAGAUAAUAUUUAAUGCUAAAUUUGAGUAACAUUAAAGUUUACAAAACGAGUUUUGUAAGUAUAAUAAAAAAUGAUUGAAGGAUUUAUAUAAACUUCAAUUCAUUGAUCUUUUAUAGAGUCACUUAUUCGCCUUGCUAUUUUCCUGUCACACCAUGUUGCCGUCUUCCAGAAAAGCCGUUAAAGAAAGUAACUUGUUGUUGUCUCAAGUGGUUUGAUUGUACUGGAAAACCUGUUCUAUAAAAAAAUCCUUCUGUAAUAUCACAACAAUUGUAUGUGACUUUGUCAGUCAAUAAUUUGUAUAAUUCUUUUAACAAAACCACAAAGAGCAAAUUAUUAGGACAUCCAGUAUAUCUACAGGAUAAUAUGAAUAACUUCAAUUGUCUCAAACAAAUGAUUGUUGUAUGCAAAAUCAUUAAAUGCUAGAAAUUUUGAUAAAAUAUAGCAUGUAAAAUUUCAAAGUUUGUUAAAACUAUUCACGUAACAUUUAUUAGAAAUCUCUGCUCUGCUUUAUUUUCCGAGGAAAAACAAAAUGUUGUGCCAUACUAACCGUAAAGAAAAGAAACGACCAAGCUCUUUGCCUCCACCAUGUUAUCACUGCAGACCGACACCAUUUUAUUGUCCGAGCAAUUGCUAUUUGCCUUCUAAACCGAAAGCUCCUAGACGCUGCCAUUGUUCACCUUUAAAUCUACAAAUGACAUGUAGACCACGACCAGAACGGUCACCACCACCGCCUACCAUAUGCAUUGCUGGUCGCUGCCCGCAACCAUCAGCUCCACGAUCAUAUUGCCGGCCAUCAGCACCGAAAAUAUUGCCAUCCUCCUGUGUCCGAUUUUGCAUUCGUUACACGAAUGAAGGAUCAAGUUGCUAUCCUUGCUACUGGUCCAGUUUACCGAAAUGUCCGAGCAUCUGCUAGAAUUACCUCCAACAGUAGUCUUGAUAAAACAAAAUUUAGAAUUACAGUCUAAUAAUUAUUUGUAAGAAAACAUACUUUUCUUACAAAUAAUUAUUAGACUGAACUUGUGUUGUGGAUUUAUAUUGCAGUAUUUGCUAAGGCAAUUCUCCAGUUUUCGAUUAUUACGUCUUCGUUGAUCAUGUCCGAAUGGCAAACAAUUAAUCGUUUUAUUAUGUGAUACAUUGCCUAAACAUAAAAAGAACAUAAUAAUGUAAAAAUGUAAUAUCUUUCGCUCUAGAAAUUAUUUGGGCUUUAAAAUUAUUUAUUUGCCUGUAACAAAAAUGCAGCUUUCAACAAUAAUGGAAAGACAAUUAUGUUAUAUUAGUAUUUACAUUUUAAUCAAUAUUCUUAUUAUUUCAAAAAAUUGGUAGUAGAAUGAAAUUAAAAACGUGUAUACAGCAACGUGAAUACAGCAAUAUAAUCAACCAUAUUUUCAUCAUUGAAGUGGCAUUUCGUCGAGCGUUGACAUUUGAUAGAAACUGUCGUCUAGUAAAUCGCAUGGCAAGAAAUUGUAUCGAAAUUAGUUGGCAUCUGGCGCUAUAAUGAGUUUUACAACUAAUAAGACUCCAAGUUUCGAGUUUCAGACUAUUUCAAUUAUGUAAACGUUAUUUACUUAUAUAUGUACGUGGCUGCUUAAUAUAACUGACUACGUUGCGAUACGGUAAGUUUCAUGUUCAUUAAUAUUGCAUAAUUAGAAAAUUAUUUUUUGUAUCUAUUAUAUAUGCACACUAAGCAGUAUAUACGAUAGCUGUGAUAAUAGCUGUAAUGAUAACAGAACUAAACAGAUAAAAACUGUGGACCAGUGAAAAAUCCAAAAAAUUGAUUGAUCAACACGCGAAAUAAAACAAAUGAAGAAAUCGCACUUAGAAGUACAAACUGAAAACGCAAUUGAGACUCAUUACAGGUAAACGCACAUUCUCCACCUAGUGCCAAUCGGAAAUCCUCUUUUGCCGUGUCGGUAUCUCGAUGACAUCCUGUCGGAGAACGUACAGGACUACAUACGGAGAGUACGACGAAGCGUCGCUCACAGGCAAUUUGUUUGGCCGACGAACUCGCGUUCGUUAAGCCGAUUAAUGCAAUCACGCGCGAGGCAGAUCGGGAUCGAUGGCGGACAUCGUUCGUUUCUGUAUAACACCCGCAUUAUCUGUCAUUAAGCGCGGAAUCGACCGGCGAUUUUACACCGGAUCCCGCCCCAGCUCCGUCGUUUUAUUCGUUUCUGUCCUGACGACGCGGCUGCUACAUAUUUUACACCUAUCGCCGGGUUCGCUCUUUUUUUUUCUACCCCGCCACGUUCGCCACCCCGGGGAAGUCCCGCCUAAAAAGUACCGCCAUCAAUGCUGAAUCCGCAGUGGCGUGGACCAUGACAGCGCAUUACAGAUUGAAUGGAGUGCUUUUAUGCGGUUCGGAUUUCGCAGGCACGCGCGCACUUACCACUGCGGUCGGCUAUAAAAUGGAAAAUGAAUGACCGAGAGGGAAACCUUGGCCGUUGUUAUUUCGUUUCGACAAGAGAUCCUUUGUCCUCGGACUUUCCCCAUUAUUGGCAAUCGUUCGCCGUGUCGCACGUAAAAUAUCUAAUGAUUUUUAUCAGCACUUGGCUGAGUCCGCGUGACACAUCGUGCAAAUCUCUGUAAUGUAUGGUAAAGUAACGUGAUUCAAUCUAACAUGUGAAACGCGAUUCGUUGUUUUUUCAGUAAUGCCGCAAGUAUAAUAAAGAAACAGUCCACGUAUUCGCUUGAGUAUUUCACAUCAUUUCAUUUCCUCGAGCGCGUACAAACAGAGAUUGUAUUUAAAAUCAGAGUUAGAGAACACGCUACUCAUGCGAGGAUCGAAAACUGGAAUGCACCACUCUCUCUCUCUCUCAGUUUGGAAAUUUUUUAGUGAGUACCUGAGCUCUCGACGUACCAAACUCAAUUUUUCUGGCGUGCGUAACACGGCCUGAAAUAGGUAGAGGCGGCAAAGGCACAUGGACGUACAUCACAGCGACGGGGUAAACGAUGUUGCGCUGUCAACGAAAGAUAGGUAACCAUCAGGCGGAAAACCCGACGGAAUCGCAUUAACAAUAAGUGCAUUAAAGUGAGAGUCCUUGGAGCGAGGUGGAGGGUGGGUAUGGGAGGGAGAGGACGAAAGGGAGGCAGAAAGGAUGGGCAUGACUACACCGAGAAAGUGCGAGACCCAAUUAUUCAGCCAAAUGGGAAGGAUACGUUAUUUUCCGGACGAGCCGUUCCCCUGCUGUAUCCUUCCCACGAUGCGCGCCAUGUCCUUUUCCGCCGAAAAAAGGCUCUUUGAAGUGCGUUAGUUUCCGUGGGUUCGCUAAUUGCGUAAAAUGUCAAAGCGUUUACACCGGGAAGCCCAGCAACCAAAGUCAUCAGGUAUAAUUAGAUCGUCGAUUUACUCUUGUCCCAUUGCAAACUACACUUUUUCGCACAUAGAAUAAAAUUUAGCAAAACUAUGAAGGCAUCAUGCAUGCAUCUUGUGGAUCUCACGUGCAUGCGCGAUACCGUGCACGCUAAAUGUGCACACACAUUAAUCGUAAUGGACUCUAACUACAUUAUACGACAUUUAUAAUGCGAUAUAGCGCUUUGUGUCCCAAAAUUUCUGCGAUUGCUUUGUGCGAACGACGAAUUUGGUCUGCAGUUGAGAGGGGGAAUUAUAAUGCAUAAUACAUCUCGUGCAAAAUAUUCAAAUAGAUUGUUUAAGCCUUCAUAAAUCGAAAGCCAUUUAAUAUGUGAUGUCAUUUGUACACGAAAACUUUUAUUAAAAUUUCAUGCAAUCGCAUUUCUAAUCACGCGAAAGAUAAUUAUGCUAGUUCAACUUGCUUCUUCCCUCGGCGAGUUUUCUUCUGCUACUGUUAAAAUGAUCGCUGAACAUAGUCGUGAGUAUUACGUUCGUCCAGGUAAUAAUCGGUCAAUGCAAUUUCUACUUUUCGUAUGUGAAAUGCCCAGUCACGUGGCAGAAUAAUAACGUCCACCACGUGGACGUUAGGUAAUACCCUUUAAUAAUGAUCGCAACCCCUCGUGAAACACGCAAUCUAUCGUGGCAAGGCAAAUGGCAUUAACAUGAUUUACCUGCGAUUACAUGAGAAAGAUAUCAGCUUCGAUUGCAGACGUACACAGGUAUCAAAGUAUUAUGAUGCACAUGUUUCAAUAAUAUCUGAUAUAUGCGAGACGUUGGGCAGUUACCACCUUUACGAGCGUACGGACUAUAAUUUUGUGAAAUUAAAACUCGAACGGUACAAUCCGCAACAUUCGUAAAAAAAGAACAUUGUUUUUGAAAAUAUAUUAUUUCUGCUCGAUAUUGGAUAUCCCGUUACUCUCAGUUAUCAAUCGCGUUUGAUUGAAACAUUGUGAAAUAUACCAAUAACUCAUGCAUGAAAAAUUGCGUGUCCAAGCUUCCGAGAUCUGAAAAGGUUUGAUAAAUUUCGAAACGUAAGAGAUUAAAUUCCAGAAAAUUACAGGACCCCGGGACUAAGUUUGUACUUGAAGUAACACCUCUAACGGUAUGAAUUUCUAAGGAAGCCAGUAGUGCACGAAAGCUGAGCAUUCAAGCAGAUGGCUUCCUUGCGAAACGAGCGAAUCUCAAAGGAUUAAGUAAUUAAAGCUGUAAUUAAAUUCGUUAUCCUCCUAAUCUCCUCGGUAAAAUUCGUAAUUAAACUUGGCGUCUAACUCUAUGUACAGUUUUAAAUGUUGAAGUAGAUAUGUACAAAUAUGAACGCAAUCAUUAAAUACAUCUAUCAUUAUUUUUCAUUUGUUAAAUAAGACUUUUACUAUCUGGAAUCGCAUAAAAUCGUAGAAAACGAUUCUAAUUUUGGAUUGCGCUCAUUAUAAAAUGUAAUAUGUAAUAAAAUGAUAAAUACCUGGAUGAAUAUACAAAUAAACAAAAGUACUUUUUCUUAUAAAAACGUGUCCCAUUUCAUUAAUUUUAUGGCAGGCGAGAGAACCGAAUGAAUCAAAUAAAAUUCUUCAUUGAGACUUGUCCAUUCGCAGCAAUUCAACUUAACAUGAUACAGACGCGGGCUGCUCGAAAAACAUAAUUACGAUCCUCGAGCAGCAUUCCGAGGUGUCGAAUCAUUUCGCUUGCUUUCCAUCGCGAAAGCUUGUCGCGGACGGUCCCGAGACAAUGUAACGUUCUCAAGCUUCGCAAAGAGAUGGAGGAGGCAGGAGGCACACCUACCUACCUGUCGAUCUUCUGGACGGACGUUCAACAACGAGGUACACUUUCCGUGACUACGCGUUUCCGAUCCACGUGGGAGUCGCAGAGUGUCUCGGAAAUCGACAGGGAACCCACGAAAAUCGCGCUCGCGUUCUCCGCAAAGGCUUCCAUCCAUUUUCGUCGUUUUAGCCACGUUUAUCGAUGGUAAAUCGGUCGCUGCUUCACCGUAGUAAGAUUUCUGUUGGCAAGAUGGAAGGGUGGUGUCACUUCAGUCGCAGAGACUGUCGACGUUACAUGCCACGCGGAAAAUUUUCGCCGGGGAUGAAAAUUAGAUCGACAGAUACAACAGAUUUUGCGAGGUUUCCGAACGCCUCGCACGAUGUUAGGCGAUUCACGUUCGUCUUCAUGAAGCAAGCGUAUAGAGUCCACAGAGUUUGCAUACGGACGACCAUGUUAAAGAUUUGACUAUAAUAUUGAUUUUAGUUGUUGACUAAGUAUUCAUUUUCCGGACAAUGUCAAUUGUAGAAAAGAUUUCCUUGAUGUACUUCAUAAUUUGUAUUUAAUUUUUACUUCUAUGUAAUUUUGUAUAAUUAUGUGUACAACAGAUAAGAUUAAUAUGUGACAGGUUAGUUUUAACUCUUGUAUAAUAUGUUGCGGAUUCAAUCGAUUACUUGGCGUGCGUUCAAAUGUGUAGGUAUGUGUAGGUAAUUCUAUAAUAUCAUUAAUUUCUUAGAAUGUAUUUAACAGUACAAUAUAGUUCCUGAAUUGACAGAUUUUUGCGUUACACUGAAGAUGGUCCAACACAUGGAUUGAAACGUUUGUAUUACAUGGAACAUUAAUAAACAUUGUCACCCAGCUUCGCCCGGAACCGUUGUUUUAUUUCUAAUUUGGAUCUUGCCGAGCUUGCGGAAGUUAUAUAAAAUAAUUACGUUAUUCUUAUCCAUAAUCGAAACGAAAUCACAAUUUUUGGUGUUACUAUAUAUAAAAUGUUAUAUUAUUCUUAUUCCAUACAAUCAACCAACAUGUGCACUUGCGCCGUUUUUGUAUUUUUUUGCAACCCAUGAUCAAAAACACUAAUUAAAAUAUAUGUUACAAUCCAAUAAAUAUGUGUUUUGCAAAAAACGAUAUUUGUGGAUGCAUUUCAACAGUAUUUACAAACGUAAUAAGUCGCAGAAAACGAUAUACUAUAUAAUUACCAUCAUAUCAAACCUGACGUGUACGUAAGAUCAAUCAAGUAACGGUUCUUUUAAGAAACAUGUAUACGGUAUACGAAUGCGUGAACUGCAAUGAAGAGCGCGCGGAAAUGUACUGACAAGUGUGAGUGGAAAAAUCAAUUGCGCUUGCGCGAACUUUGGGCAAGAUAUCAUGCCAUAACUAUCUUUUCGUGAGAAACACAUAUCCGUUGUACUUACGACGACAAAUCGAUUGAUAAAUUGCCCACUUUUCUCUCCCGCGCAAGUUGCGCGAAAAUUAUUUCUAUAGCAUUUUUAUUUCUGUAUCAUUUCGACAGCUUUAUAUGACAUGCUCUGUAGCACUUCCAUAGUAUCAUAGCAUUUACUUACUACGUCGUAUUUAAUAUUUUAUGUCACACGUUAUGUUCAUACGUUUAUGACAAAUUUUAAGAAAAAUUGUGUUCAUUUUAAUGCAAUAAGGUAAAUUGUUUCAAUUAGGUAAUUUGCCCCAUAGAUAAAUUACCUUAUGCUAAAAGAAAAAUAUUCUAAAAUAUUCGACGUAUACUUCGGAAAAUGAAGGAUGUAACCCCAAUCGACAUAUCAUUCUCAAAUGUAGUUGAAUGCUCAAAGAGAAAUGAUCUGUAUAGUUGAACAUUUUAGAAUCCAACGAAGUUUGCUAUUCGCUAUUGGCGUAUGGCCCUACAACCAAUCAAAAUAUGUCCGAUUUCAAUAUUCAUUGUUUUUGGUUGUUACAAACAGCUUUAUUAUAUUUCAGCUAACACCGUUUAUAACUUCCGUAUGUACUGUUAAUCUUAUUAUAAAACUUCUGUCUACCAUUGUCUUUUCUCUUGUGUGCGUAAUUCAUCAAAUUUCUUUUUGGAUUAACACAGACGUUGUGAAAUCGUUUGUGGAGCGUCUCCAGCAUGCCUGUAACGACUUAAAAGACGAAAACGAAAUCGCUAUAAUAAAGAAAUAUGCAAACAACGCGGAAUAUAUCACAAUUCUAGUUACAUGUAAGAAAAUAUUGAAUUACACCUACACUUCCACCUGCGAGCGCACGCACUUAAGUUGUUUAUAAUAUAUAUCAUUAUUAUAAUAUAAAUAUAGAAACAUGUAAAUUAAAAGGGAAACCAAAAAAUUCUAAGCAGAGUGAGUUGCAAGUGUAUUACAAAAAGACGGAAACAUUUGAACCGUUUUACUGCCGUUUUACUAAUAGCAUCUCCACUUUUCGUCUCGCUUAUUAAAAGUUCUCGCUUGUUAAAAGUGCGAUAAGCGAUUGACAUUUUGUAUAUAUAUCAGAUAUGCAUUGUGUUAUCCCGCAAUUUCGUUCCUGGCAUUUUCAGUAAUGUCAUAUACGGAAACUUAUUUCCAAUGUAAAACGUUAAUAUCAGAAUAAGUAGUAAGCAUUUGAUUGGGCGAUGGGGAGAAUAUCAUGAAUGCGGUAAUAGAGACCCCAACUGUAAUUAUGAAUUAAUUAAAAUUAAUUAUUUAUUAUAUGAUAAAAAACAACUUAUAUUUAUGACAUGACUUGUUAAUAAUAUAUUGUGUUUUACUAAACAUAUAUGUAUAAUGCCGUACACUAUAUUAAUGUUAAUGUUUAUGUUUUUACUUAACACGUUCGUUACCAGUGUCACAUUUGUGUGACGGUGACAGUUAUAGUUGUGGAUUUCGUAAAUAAACAAAAUCUGCGCAGGACUUGGCAGAUUAGCUUGGAAAUAAUUUGAAGCUAUAACUGAAGUUAUAACUAAUUGGCUUAUAACUAAUAGACUGAUUGUGAGAUUAUGUCGCUAUAUUGCAACGCAUUUUCGCAGUGCUUGUCUAUAUAUAGCGUGGUCUGCGGUGGACGGUUUCUCUCCCCGGGGCCCGGUAGCGAACAUGUUAAUGUUUUUAGUUUAUUAUUUGUAUUAUUACUGUAAAGAUUACAUUAUAAUUAUUAUAUCUUAUUUUAUUUUUCUCAGAAUAAUGCAGCUGUUCCUUCUACUUAUUGUUUAAUAUGUUUUUAAAAUUAUUAGUUUAUUCCUUAUUCUUUAAACAAACGUUUAAUUCUGGUGUAUAUACAAAACUACAAUAAAAAAUGGGAAUUGUUAAUCAUAUCUCUAUAC